AGUAGGAAGGCUCCCCCACGUCACUGCACUCAGCGGAGCAGCUUACGUCUCCGAGAUGCACUAAUAGUAUCUUCUAGAGAGGGGGAGAGGAGGAGGAGGGGAGGGGAAAAGCGAGAGAAACUGUGAGUGCCGCAGGAGAAGGCUUCAAAACAUCAGACAUUUUAUACUACUUGGUACGAGCAAUUCUUCCAAUCUCUGAAAAACUAUUGUUUUUUAUACACGUCUAAACAACUGAAUAUUUUCAAAUUAAUGCGAUAAGGGAAAGGGCCUUAUCUUUUUCUCAGGAUUCCUUCUUGUGCGUCUGGCAACCUGGAAGUGUUUGAGAAGAGACGUACAGUGCUCCACUGGAGACAGUGAUCCAUGGGAUUUGCAGCUUGGGUUAUCUGGUGUGCCUGAAAGACAAAGAAGAAUAAUUUUAAAAUAGAAGAAUCGAUACUUUUGAAUGGAUUAUCCCAACAAAGGUAAACCGAGCCCUUGAAAGGGCACUACGACUUUUACCGAGAAUAGAAUUUGGUUAGAAAACGUUCUAACAUGGCGGAUGCAGAAGACGGAUUUGGGCUGCCUGAUACACCCAGUGACUCAGAUUCUAAAGAACCCCAGUCCGACAACAAGCAAGAGAACCAACUGGGAGCUAGCAGCAAACCACCUUCCCCACCCCAAGCUUCCUACACCCAGCAGGGAAUGGAGGGCAUAAAAGUGAUUUUACACGAAAAAGACCUUUGGUUAAAGUUUCAUGAAGUCGGCACAGAAAUGAUCAUCACAAAAGCUGGAAGACGUAUGUUCCCCAGUUAUAAGGUGAGGGUGACUGGACUCAAUCCAAAAACCAAAUACAUUCUUCUGAUGGAUAUUGUGCCAGCUGACGACCACAGAUACAAGUUCGCUGAUAACAAAUGGUCGGUAACAGGGAAGGCAGAACCAGCAAUGCCAGGCAGACUUUAUGUUCACCCCGAUUCACCUGCCACUGGGGCCCACUGGAUGAGACAGCUUGUCUCUUUCCAAAAACUCAAACUGACCAACAAUCACCUUGACCCCUUUGGACAUAUAAUUUUGAACUCCAUGCAUAAAUACCAGCCUAGACUGCAUAUUGUGAAAGCUGAUGAAAACAAUGGAUUUGGGUCCAAAAAUACAGCAUUUUGUACUCACGUCUUCUCAGAAACUUCCUUCAUUGCUGUUACAUCCUACCAAAACCAUAAGAUUACACAGUUAAAGAUUGAGAACAACCCUUUUGCAAAGGGAUUUCGAGGAAGUGAUGACAUGGAGUUACACCGGAUGUCAAGAAUGCAAAGCAAAGAGUAUCCAGUAAUUCCUAGAAGCACAGUAAGGCAAAGAAUUAACUCUAACCAGAGCCCUUUUAGUGGAGAAGUGAGGGUUUUGCCUACCUCCACUAAUCUGGGUUCACAGUACCAGUGUGAGAAUGGGGUGUCCACUACCUCACAAGACCUACUGUCUACAUCAAACCCAUACACAUUGGCACAGGAUCACAGCCAGGUGUACCACUGCUCAAAAAGAAAAGUGGACGAAGAGUGUCCCACAGAUCAUCAUUACAAGAAAACUUACAUGGACACUUCCAGUGAUGAGGAUGCUUAUUAUCGAACUGCAACUUAUUCCCAGCAGCAAGCAUUAAGCCACACUUACAGGACUGAAUCUGCACAACGCCAUGCAUGUAUGUAUGCUGCUUCUGCUCAAGCCACAGAUGCUGUAUCUAGCUUAGAAGACAUCAGUUGCAACACAUGGGCUGCAGUACCAUCCUACAGUAGCUGCACAGUGAGUCCUAUGCAGCCGAUCGAUAGGUUGCCAUACCAACAUUUUUCUGCUCAUUUUACAUCUGGCCCCUUGAUGACACGCCUUACAGGCGUGGCCAACCAUACUUCUCCACCAAUAGGGGACACACAUAGCAUGUUUCAGCAUCAGACAUCUGUUCCUCACCAGCCUAUAAUUAGGCAAUGUGGAUCUCAAGCAGGGAUACAGUCUCCAGGAAGUCUUCAACAAGCAGAAUACCUGUAUUCGCAUGGGGUAUCUAGAACCCUGUCACCACAUCAAUACCAUUCUGUACAUGGAGUAGGUAUGGUUCCAGAAUGGACAGAGAACAGCUAAUCUAUUUUACAAGACCUAAGAGUUCAUCUCUACAUUAUAGAUUAUUUGAAUGCACAUAGUGCAUUCAUUGACUAGCACAAUCAAAUUAUAAUUGCCAAUUUCUAGAUACAAGUUUCUCACAUCUUCACAGAUAUCAGUAUAUAUGUUGUUAUCUGGAAAAUGGUGAUUAAGAAAUGACUCUGUUUAUUCACUUUCAUGAUAUAACAAAAACAGACUUACAAAAAGGAAAAAUGUCUGAUUCUUAUAUACUAACAGGAAUGAUCCUGUUACCUACGGACACCUACUGAUGAUGUACGCACUGAUAUAGGCUUUUAACAUGUACUGAGUUUCACAUGAGGUGGAUAUCUUAGAGACAAAUGUAUUCCACGUAAAAAUCAUACUAAAGCAUUACACCAAUUCUUCCCCAUCACUAUAAGAAUUUCCUUUUGUAACAGGAAUUAUUUUGCAACUGUCAAGGUAUAUAUAAACCUUGAUAUCUUCAGUCUAUAUAAAGCAUCAGUUGUGUGUUUGCAUAAGCACUAGAAGUGGAUUGAUUCAUUUUACUGAUUUGGUUUCCUCAUCAAACAUUUUGCUGUCUUCAUUUGCCCUACCUCUUCACGUAUAUAAAGACAAAAAUGUAAAAGGUAAGCUGCUGGCAUAGUUGACUUUCAAGCUUGAAGGAACCUUGCUGAAUACUGAUUCUCCAUAUAGUACACCUCAUCAUUUGCAUAUUAGGAAUUACUAAGUUGCUGCAAUGAAGAAUGUCUUUAUUAUUUAAAACAUAUAUUAUGCUAUUUGCAAUGAAAUCCCUUAAAAUGGAAGUAAUGACAAUGUUUAAAUGAACUUAUAAAAGUGUCUGCACAGUACAGUUAUGCAUGACAAUUAAAAAUCCCUGUUUAGAACUAUGCUUAUAAAGUUUACCCGAGUUAUGGAUUGCAAGGUUUAGAGGCUGAAUGUGUUUGUCUAUAAUAUUUAUUUCAGUUUUACUUUUGUAGUAAGUAGAAUGGAGUCACACAUGAAAAGCAGAUCAACAUGUUCUGUACUGAAUCUCAACUGUGCAGCAUCUCUCAUAGCUCGUUAGUAUACUUUUAUGGUACCUUCUUUAUCAGUAUUGUAUUCUACUUGGCAUGCAUGUCAUUAUAUCCCCCUGAUAAAAUGUAUACAUCAUUCAUAAGAUAAAUACACUCUGUGUAAUUAAAUACACAAUAGAGUGCCAAAGUUUAACAGUGUAGGACAGUAUCUGCAAUGACAUACCUCUUAAAAUGUGUCGGGAUCAACAGACUGCAACCAUUUUGAGGAGGUCAUUCUAAUAAAAAAUGGGGAAAUGUUUUACGUAAAGCUUAAUUACUGGUCUAUGCUUUAUCUUUAUAAAGGAGCACAUUACAGAUAAACUGCAAAGUGCUCUAAUAUUUUAAUGAAUUCAGACAUUCAAGUAUUUAAAUGUUUAUUUAUGCAACCAAGAUGUUUUACUUUUUACUGGUAUAUUGCAAGAAUAUUCUUUUCCAGGAAAAUAUAGUAUCUUGCAUACUGUAUAUUUUUUUAUGAUGGCUAACACAAUAGUCCUGUCUGUUGGAUAGUACAAAUAAUAAUUAUCAAGCACUGCCUUGAUUAUGGCACCUGGAUUUGGUGAAAUUCCUAGUGUCUUGUAACACAACAGAAAGAUUCAGCUUUUGAUAUCUGUAGUAAAUUACUUCUUUAUUUAAAAAAGUGACAUUACAGACAUUCUACAGACAUCAAUUUCAAUUUCUCAUUUGCAAAAAAACUUAUUAAUCCUUGAGGGCUGGACUAACCAAUUUAACUUGCACCUAGACUUCAUAACAUAGAACUUCACAUCUGUAUGAAACAUUUAAAUGCUUUACUAAGGCUUGCUAUUCACUGUCACUUUUACAUUUUCUUUGUAAAGAUGAAAAUACAAACAUGAUAUGAAAUACUUGAAAUGACAGUACCAGUCCAAAAUGCUGUACUGCAAAUGAAUGAGAGAGGGAGAAGAAAGAAAUCUAUUAAAAAACUGCUGAUAUAAUAGCGUCAUAAAAACAUUACUUAUUCCAUAUGGACAAAAAUGAAAUUCAGAUAUCCCACAAAUUGUCUGCUAAGUCUAAAAUACAGCCAACUAAAUUUGCCAAGUAUAUGGUUCUAUGGAGGCAAUGGGUUACAUACAGUUCUAAAUGUCAGAUUUUGAGAUAUCUGAAUUACUGAAAAUGUAUUUCCUAGCACUUGGAUUCUUAGCCAAAAUGCUGUCCACAGGGAAAAUGUAUGCAUAAUAACAUGUUUUAAGGUAAGAGUAUCUGCUUUCUGGUACUGAUUGACAGCAAAGUAUAAAAAAUAUUACACAUAUCCAUUCAAGGUAUAAGUCUUUAAUGUUAUUAAUAAUGAAUUGAUGGAUCAGUGGUGACAAAUUAUUUUCUGUUGCUAGUCUAAUGAAAUUCAAUUUCUUAUUAAGUGAAAGAAAAUGCAGCUAACUUUUCUGAACAUGCUGGAAUUCAUUCUCUGAUUGUUUUAAUUCACAUUAUUUUUAUCAUUGAUUUAUUUGGUCAGUUAGUCAGCCAAUCGGGUUUGUCCUGAAGAGAUAAAACUCUUACCAGAAGGAAUACUAGCUGUACCAAAUGGAUUCCAGUUUGUUGUUUGAUUACAAUUUCUCAGAACUGUAUUUUAACAGUAACCACACAGUGUGACAACUUCAUAUUCAUUUGUGUGUUUAUAAAAUUACAUGUAAAUAAAUUUGCCCAACAACUGUGAUGCAUCGUCCUGUAACUAUUACACACAAAGAGAAAUAAUUAUUGUUCUUUUAUGUGAGCUGACAUUUGUAUACAACUAAGCUGCACAUUUGAAUUUUUAGGGCCCUGUUCAAAAGUUCAUGAUGUAAAACUCAAAAAAUGACAGAAGUUAAAUUAUAUAUUAAACAAUAAUAUGGAGUAUCUGAGUGAUAAGACUGAAAGUUUGAACUUGUUAAUAGUAUUUAUUGUUUUAUUAUCAUAAAUUGUUUAUAAGUAAGUAAAAUGUAAUUGACAAAUGUGUAAGAGUAAUACCAUUUCAAAUGUUCUUGGUGUACAAAAAGGCCAUUUAAUUUGCAGUGUAAAUAGCAAAAUGUAUAUACUGAAUAAAUCUAAAUAACAUGCUGAAAAUUCAGAGUUAACCUUUA